AUGGAGGAAGAAGACUUUGGUGAAAUUCCGGAUUUCGAUUCUUUGGCCGCGACUGACGGUACAAUACCGGCGCCCGCACCCCAAGUGCCUCCCGCAAAGCCUCCCGUCCAGUCGAACAGAAUCCAACAGCCAAAGCCACAAGUUAUAGCUAAUCGCAGCGCUCGUUCCGCCAUCCUUGUUUCCGCACGGCAGAAAGGAAAUCCAAUUCUGAAUCAUGUGCGCCUUCUACCUUGGGAAUAUGCCGAUAUCCCUGCGGAUUACGUCCUUGGGGCGACGACUUGUGCGCUUUUCCUCUCGCUAAAAUAUCACCGUCUACACCCUGAAUAUGUCUAUUCCCGGAUAAAGCUAUUAGGUGGAAAAUAUGAUUUACGUAUUUUAUUGAUUAUGGUGGACGUACCAAACCAUGAGGAUAGUUUGAAAGAGCUAUCUAAAGCCUCCGUUGUGAAUAACCUGACUCUCAUUUUAUGCUGGUCUGCAGCGGAAGCUGGCCACUACCUGGAGCUAUUUAAAUCGUCGGAGAAUGCACCACCAACUGCAAUACGAUCUCAACAGCCACAUUCGUACAAAGAUAGCUUGGUGGAAUUUAUUACCACCCCAAAGCGCAUCAAUAAGUCGGAUGCUGCUAGUUUGAUUUCUACAUUUGGAAGCUUGCGAGCAGCGAUCAAUGCCCAGCCAGAACAGAUAAACUCGGUCCCUGGCUGGGGAGAGAAAAAGGUUAGUCAGUGGACAAAUGCCGUGAAGGAAGACUUUAGAACACGAGCGGUGACAACGAAAACGGCUGCUUCCAGAAUAAGUGUUGGCGCGGAAGACGCCAAAACGCAAGCUCGAGCUGGUGCCAAACCAGGGUACAUGAGUGAGCUUUUCAACAAAGCAGUCGAGCAAGAACAGAUCAAUGCCCAUUCAAACACCAGAAAAGAAAUACGCGAGCCAUCACUUGUGAUAGGAUCGGGCGAGAGUGUCGCCUGUACAACUGAUACUAGCAAUCGAUGCACAAAAGAAAUUGAAAAUGGACAAGAGGAAAUUAACGAUGGCAUCAUGGCCGCGCUGGCAAGGUUAAGGAAGGGAAAAUGA